AUGUCUGCAAUAUCCGGGACUAAGCUUUCCGCUCUUGGCAGAAGGCCAACGGAGCUCGCCAGCCGAGUGGGACCAACACACCAGCCGUCCGAGAUUGUGCACAUAUCCGGGCGCAAAAGAGACGAAUGCGCGAGGAAGCAGCGGAAUAUCCACGUGGCGGGGAUCAACCUGCUCAACCGGAGGUCGAGGGCGAAGCGCAUCAUCCAUAGUUUUGAGAACGUUGUGAGCUAG